GCUACUGUAUAUACUGUGGUUAAUGCGCUCGAUGCGUGAAACGGAACGGACCCCUAGUCUUCAUAUUUGUUGUCAUCGUAUUUAAUGUCAUGAUAAAAAAUCAUUGGAAAAUUAUAAUUGGCUGAACGAACGGUUGAUAUUAACGUUACUUAAUAUUUGUUUUGUUAAAAUUGUUCGUGUUAUAUAGAAGAUCUACAUCUGAAAGAUUUUUUUAUGACUGUGUGAGUGUGUGUGUGUGUGUGUAUAUGAUAGGUGUGUAUAGUGCCUAUGCAUAGUUAAGCAGGAAGACACUUAUUUUUUUGCAAGACAUUACAUGCAAACUACAGGAAAGGUGUGCAUUAAAAAUUGAAGAGAAAUGGAGAUAGACGAAUGUUCUGCCGGUGGAGAUAGCGGAGCAGAGGAGGAUGAAGAAGAAGCUUCAACGCAUGACUCCAGAACUGACAGUAGCAGUAGCAGUAUGAGCGGUAGUAGUACAACGGACAGCGAACAGGAUAGCGCGGAAGAACGUGCUACAAGCAGUAGUGAGAGCCAUAGUUCUGCAGAGGAAGACGAGGACGAGAACGAAAAUGCAGAUUACAUGGUAAACAUCGAGAGCCCUCAUGCCGUGAGAUGGGAAACUUGUGUUGCUGCUAAUGUUAAAAUAAAACUACCACAAGAUCUUUGCGAACAUUUUAGUAUCUUCAAGGAGAUGCUAGAUUUUCCACGCUUUUGGAAUGAAUGGCUCACUGAAAGUCAACGAGAAACAUUAUACAAUCUUUUACCUACUUUUCCAAAAGACUCCAAUGUAGAAGCACAAAUGGAGAAGUCGCUGCAAAUGUUAUUCAAUAGAGAAAAUGAUAGAUUUGGCGUAACAGCAUUGGACAAGUUUUACAACCAUCUUUCCUCGGGUUACUAUCGUCCCGACAUUAAAAGAAUACGUAGUUUGGUUCGCAAGGCGCAAAAAAGAAGAUCCUUGUUUGAGGAACGGAAACGGUCAUACGAAUUGGCAAAUCAAUUGCUAAAAUCACGGGAAAGCUUAUUGUCGAAUGCGUACAGACAAGGUUUCAAUCAACCAGUGAACCGCACAGUGUCUAAGCUUCACUGGCGCAAAUCACAGCCAAUUAUGGUUGAAGAGAAGACUCAGUUGCGUUACUUGGAAGAACUGAAUGCAGUUCGGGCAGAGCUUAGGACCAGCACGAGAUUGUCUGCCGACAUGACGUCUGAAAACGAGGAAAACUAUCCAUUUUAUCAGAUGACUGGAGCUAAACAAAAGAGGAAACGACGUUUUACCAUGAGUCUUCAGGGACUGUUAGUUAAAGGUCUACAGCUAAAUCAUGAAGAUGAUACGAUUCGACCUGUAUUUUCCACCCUACAGCGAAUGGAAUAUGCUUCUAGUAGACCAUUGUUCGUACGCGAACAAACGGAGGAAACCUACCGCGCUAUGUUAAUAGCGCAUAAGAAACGACGGGCCCGUUGUGAUCUUCAUCCGGAACUGAAUACUCAGGGAAUCGCGCUUGCCGAUCUCGCGCAAAGAUCGCAAAUUGGUCAAAAGCAGAGACUCACGAUUGGUAAUUCUAUGAAGGUUACAUCUGCAAAGAAAAAAAUUAAAUUGGAACAGAAUUUGUUGUGUCCGCCCGCACCGAAACUGAUGAACUCCAAUUCUGUGAAACCCGAAAGCGACAAUAGUGAUUAUUCUCAUACAACGGAUGACAAUCGACAAUCUAACGUCAUGGAAAUGGAUUAUAGAAUAACACCUGUCAAAUCGGAACCUACUGAGACGUAUGAUUUGCAUCAAGUAGCUAAAAAGAAAAUAAGUCCAGUAACUCAAAAGGCUAAUAAACCACCAGUAAUAACCAGUAUAGCAGAGAUAAAGAAGGAAAUCGAAGAUAUAGAAUAUGACAAAGUUAAGACCGAGUUAAGUUUGGAUGUUAACGAAGAUAUAUUGGCCGAGACUGAGGAAGAGGAAGAAAAUGAAUCGAAGAAAGAACUUGAUUUAGACAGUAUUGACAUGAUGCAGUUACCAAUCCAACUUGAUGAUGGAAUCGAUAUACUCGAUGAUGUUAAGUGUGAAGACGAGAGAGUUAUAUCGAUACCUGACACAAAGAUGAUUGUACCGUCCAAUGAAGGUAUAGACAUUAACAACGGGGCAGAAUUGAUGCAGGAAACUCAUACAUGCUUCUUCUCUCUGCUGCGGGAUGCUUUUACCUCAAAGGGGGAAUAUCGAAUGAGCGCGGUGGAAAUGAAGGAAGCAAUAACGCAGUGGCAAGGCAAUCCUAUUUCACCUUUAAACGAUUGGUAUUCUUUGGUACCUUCGUGGCCUACCUUAGUGUCAUUAGCUCUAGGAUUUCUCGCGGGCGAAUUGACGUAUUCUCAAGACUUGGAUCAACGGCAAGAACGAGAUCAAGAACUCGUGCCCUAUCUAGAAAAUAAAGGUCACGGAGUAUAUGCAUGGAUUGGAGCUGGAAGAGACUCGGAUGCUCGAUUGCAGGAUUUAUGUACAAAAUUCCUUAUGUAUAAAGAUAUGUUGACACUGCCAAAUACUCCGCUUACCAACACUGCGACAACCACAAAGUCGCAACAGUCUCAACUUACUUCAAGCAGUAAUAGUUUGAGUAACAAUGCGAUUAUUGCUAGCGGAAUCUCGCAAGGUGGUAGAAGCGGAAGUCCCGCGUUGGAACCCACUAAUGUGGAUGCUAGUGCCGCUGGAACCGACUGGGAACCACCACGUCCAUUGUUUCCCACAGAAUGGAAAGUUCGCUCGUCCACAGAAGACGAACGCGAGGAGUUCCGAAGGCAGGAACGUAUGCGUUACGCUGCGCCUCAUAAGGCAUUUACUUAUCGCAUGCACGGUUACGCAUCCGUAGUUGGUCCUGUCAAAGGGAUUUACCAGCAUAACGUUGCUUCAGGGCAAACUAAAGCACGAGGACAUUCGCUGCUGGUGCCAGAUCGUCCGAACUUUGUGACAAUUUUAGCAUUAGUCAGAGAUGCUACCGCCCGACUUCCUAACGGAGAAGGGACUCGAGCCGACAUUUGUCAAUUACUGAAGGACUCACAGUAUAUCAUAGAACAAGAUAGUGACGAGAAGGAAGGUUAUCUUCAUUCAGUAGUAUCAGGCGCGCUUGAUAGAUUACAUUACGAGACAGAUCCCUGCGUUAGAUAUUAUCCUCGUCGCAAGGAAUGGCUUUAUCUUCAUCGAGGCCGAUCCGAAUCAGAAUUUGAAAUGGUUCAUCAACAAUUACAAGGUAUCGCAAAGAAUAAGAAAAGCGUCGGUAGUACAUCGCGAAGUAAAGUGGUACAACCAAUUCUUAAAUCAUCCAAUAUAAAUAAAGAGCAAUCUUCGAGUACUAAAGAAGUUAUUCUUAAAAAGGAAAGACGAGUGACAGCUAUAUCUACGCAACCUGUUAUUCCCAAGAAAGAACAGCGUAAAACUGAGGAGAAAAUUGUUCCCGACCAUCCUACCCUCCCCGAACAUUCCGUUAAUACUAAUGUAGAAAUGGGAGUGAGUACAAUAACGUCAACCAUUUCUACAGUUGAAACUCCCGCUUCGGUUACAUCAAUCGUGACUUCGGCCACGAUCACAAAUGUUGUGAACACAGAACGGGAUAAUACAAUUGCAGACACGAAAUCACAACUUACUCCGAUAACGAUGGUGAAGAAGACGUCUACCGUCGGAGGAAAACCAAUCGCCGUACUCAAGACGAAUGCCACACAGAGUCUACUGCAAUCGAAUCAACACAAUUUCCCACAUCAUCAAAUUCAAGUAUCGACGUCGGCCGGCCUGCAGACCAUUCGUUUGUCCGGACAUUCUGUGUUACAGUCUGCGCAGCAAACCACUUCGACUAGUAACAAUUCUAACGUAGUAAAUGGAACUACGACAAAUUUAACGAUAUUACCAUCUACAAAAGCACAAAAUCAGCAACAAUCAACUAUAGUAACGAAUCAAGCUGGAAAGAGUAUUUUACAAACUGCUAAUAUAAAGCAACAGCAAUCACAGCAGCAACAACAACAACAACAACAGCAGCAACACGUAUUACCAGGCAAAACUCUUUUAGCAUCGCAGAUUAAAUUAGUUAGCUCGAGUCAAAUUAAAUCAUUACUCACGAGCCAUGGUCUUCAAGGUCAAACUAUAUUUAUUAAACAGUCUUCACCAUCAAAUAAUCAAUCACAGCAACAGCAACAACAGCAGCAGCAGCAGCAACAGCAAUUAAAGCAACAACAACUUCAGCAACAACGGAUCACAGCUAAUCAGCAACAGUCUAUACAACAAACUUCUGGAAUGCAACGCAUAAUUGCGCAAAUCGGAGGUAAGCCGAUCGCCGUGCAAAUACAACAGUCGCCUCAUCAUCAGCAACAACAGCAACAGCAGAAGAUACUUGCGAAAGUAUUGACAAAUAGUGGUGGAGGACAGAUCAUUUCUGUGGAAAGUUUACUGGCGCAGAAAGGAUUGAAAUUAGCUACUACCACCGGUCACACUAAUCAACUCAGUAGACAAGGCAAACAGGUCAUACAGGCUCAAUACCAGGUGGUGCCGCAGGCACAGACGUCUUCUAGUCAGUCAAAGAUAAUAGCAGUCAGCACGCAACAUCAGCAAUCUCAGCCGCAACAGGCUCAAACCGUCCGAAUGGUUACCGCUCAACUCGCGGGAAAACCCAUUGUAUUAGCGAGCAGUAACAAGAAUGUCGGAGUCGCGGUGAGCACCAGUGGCGGGAACGUAGUGUUAGGCAAGCAGCCAGCUUCUCAACAACAGCAGCAGCAGCAACAGACGCAGCAACCGAUUAUUCUGCCGAGUCAACUACUCAACAUCAAGACGUUGCAUGGGCUCAAGGUGAUACCAACACCAAGUGGAUUGAAGACCGCCGGUGGUGCCGUAUAUGCGCGAGUUAUCGCGCCUACGACGAUUGCCUCCUCCACACAGGCCACGUCGAAUCAACAGCAAACCCUUCAAACGCAAUCGCCGAGGAAUGUCACUUCGUAUGGCACACCUUGACAAAAUUGAUAUUGUUUACACGUCUUCAUAUUUAAUUUGUUUAAUUCCUUAGUUUUCCCGACUUGUUUAUACGUUACGCGUAUUGUUAAUGGAAAUCUUUAAAACGAUACGCGCACACAUACUUAUGCGCGCAUACGUAUGUGUACAAGAUAACUUUGGCUUACUUGUUUUGUAUGUGUACGUGUGUGCGUUUACAUGUAUGUGUGCAAAUAUGUGUAUAAAUUUGUAUUUAUAUUUGUGCACUUAAGACAGAAUUACCAGGUUAGGAGAUUUUUCCACAAAUUUGGAUUUGGUUAUUAUCACAGAGAACUUUUUGGAAGGAUAAAAAAAUUUUGAAAAGAAAAAUGUAAAGAUUAUAAUAUUUUUAUCAUUUAAAUCCUCGUGACGAUAACAAUUGACAAAACUCAAAUUUAGGAAAAAAUCUCAAAUUCCAGGCAACUGACUCUGGGUUGAGUAAAGCUCGCUUAAUUUAUUUUUCUAUAAAUUUUACUUAAUAGUUUCAAAAAUGGUGGUUUUUAAAAAAUAAAAUAAUUUAAGUGCGUCUUAUUCAGUUCAGGUACCUUAAAUAGAAAAUACACGUAUCACGAAACAAGUCUUGUAUAAGAAAAUAUAUACGUGACUACACUUCACUUAAUUUAAUAACGAUAUGUAAUGUCUUCAUAACGAACAAAAUGGAAAAAAUGCAUAUUAAAAUUACAUACAAGUUAAAAUUAAUA